ACACGAUAUAUCCGGAGGGAAAACGUAAACUUGUAAUGGAUGGUUAAACAUACAUUAAAUACGAAGACAAAUUCAGUUUAAAAAGAUUGAAUGCAAUAAAUGUUUACAGUUUAAAGCUCCGGUGCAUUUCGACAGUGUUCUCAUUUUACAAGUUUUUCGCCAGUCUUAUUUCAGCUUAGGUGAAAGGACUUAAAUAAGAUUUAUACAAGCUAUAAAUGCUUAAGUUAAAAGGGACGUAAGAAAAUGACAGAACUUCGGCAGAGGAACACAAAUACAGAAAUAGAGACCGAUGUAGAACCAGUGAUUAGAUUAAAACGAAAUGUUGGAAUUACUAGCGGAAUAUCGUUCAUUGUUGGAAGUAUCAUAGGUUCAGGGAUCUUUAUUUCACCAAAAGGGGUACUGACGGAGACCGGUUCAGUCGGGUUGAGUCUUAUAGUAUGGGUCUCCAGUGGUGUCCUGUCAUUAUUAGGUGCAUUGUCGUACGCCGAGCUCGGUACAAUGAUACCAAAAUCAGGCGGGGAGUAUCCGUACUUUAUGGAAGCCACAUUCCCUAUUGUUGCCUACCUUUUUAGCUGGACACGAACUAUUGUGUUACAGCCGUCGGGUGUCGCUAUAAUUUGCAUGACAUGUGCGUCCUACAUAACAACUUUCUUUGAAUAUUGUGGUAGCCCGGCCCCACCUCUAAAGAUUAUAGCAGUCAUUGUAAUAUUGACAAUAUGUAUCAUAAACUGUUAUGACACAUCCGGGGCAGCUUUUGUUCAGGUUUUCUUCACGGUGGCAAAACUUCUAGCGAUAGGUAUUAUAAUCAUCGCAGGGUUCGUAAAACUUAGCAAAGGUGGUGAUAAAGAAUUAUGGAACGGGUUCGAAGGGACAACUGACUCACCUUCUAAAAUUGCACUGUCUUUCUAUGACGCCAUGUGGGCCUACGACGGCUGGAAUACUUUGAACUAUUUGACAGAGGAGCUGAAGAACCCAUACAGAAAUUUACCGAAGGCCAAUGUCAUAGGCGUGCUACUUGUGACAAUAGUUUAUCUGCUUACAAACAUUUCUUAUCUUGCUGUCCUUGGUAAAGACGGACUUCUUAAUUCAGAUGCUGUCGCUGUGGACUGGGGAAAAGAAAUGUUAGGAGACGCAUAUAUCAUUAUGCCCAUUGCUGUUGUCUUCUCAACAUUUGGUGCAGCUAACGGCUUUUGUUUUUCAUCAGCAAGAAUGGUAUAUGCAGCUGCACGUGAGGACCAUUUGCCAGAGAUAUUGUCGUAUGUUCACGUGAAACGUUAUACACCAAUGAUGUCCGUAAUGUUAACAGGAUUUAUAGCAAUACUGAUGGUGAUUCCAUCAGAUGUUGGUUCUCUGAUAGAUUUCUUUAGUUUUGCUGCUUGGUUGUUUUACGGAUUGGCCGUGUUUUGUGUUGUUAUCUUACGAUUUACUAAACCAAAUGCCGAAAGACCAAUUAAGGUGUUUAUACUGAUUCCAGUCAUAUUCACAUUGUGUUCCAUUUACCUUGUUAUUGCGCCAAUCAUUCAGGAGCCGAGUCUCGAAUUUCUAUGGGCGUUCCUUUUCAUCGUUGGAGGUCUUCUGUUUUACUUUCCAUUUGUUGUUUUCAAACUUGACAGGGGAUGCUUUGAUAAAGUUACGAUUUUCUUUCAAUUACUCUGCGAGGUUGCACCAAGUCCUUACAUAGCCGAUAAAGAAUCUCCAGGAACAUCGGGAAAAUGUGAAAGUUAAAACAGGCAACAUUCAAGUACUUUCGAUUGUAUAAUUCUGAGUUUUUAGCCCUGAGUUUAAACUGAGGUUUAACCGAUGCCAUUUUCAUUAAAGCAGUUUUACAUUUCUCCGAUUAGACUUUCACUAAGAUGCAUUGCAUAAAUUAAGUAAAUAACCAGAGUUAAAGUUAAGUCAAAAACAUGGAUUAAAAUAAACCCAGCCAAAGGGAUAGUUUAAGGCGAAGAUUUAGUAUGACAAUAAAACUUCAGCUUAAUCGCUGCUAUUUUUGGCUCAAAAACAAAACCUGGCCUUGCAAUACUUGGACAUUGAUAAGGUUAAACUUACCCCAGUUCUUACAUGCGGACCGUGGAGUUUUAGUUCUUAAAGAAACACACAUGAAUAUUGUAAGUAAAUAGAAUAAAAUGACCUGGAAUUAAA